AGAACUCUUCAAGGUUCCUCCAGGAGGACAGAAGAACCCUUCAGGUGUGUGUUCAUCGCUGAGGAGUCUGUAAGAACACUUCCUGGAUUACAGAAACCCGAGUGAGAAUAAUGUAGUUUUUCCUUAGGUAGUGUGUGUGUGUGUGUGUGUGUGUGUUUUUAGAGAGAAUGAGCAUGAGGAGGAGGAACUCCUUUGGGUGGUAUGUGGUUAAACAGGUCCUGCUGUUUUUCCUCCACACGCUUCCAGCUGAAGUACAGGUGAGCUACAGGUGAACGCCUGGAAAACCACGACGUGGGAUAAAGAAGCAGGAAUGUGUCUGAUUACUGAGUUAGAUCUGUGAAUCUGCUCCGAUUCACCUUCUGGAUCAUAAAACACGGAGUUUUAGCGGAGAGACUGAGGAUCUGCCGAUUAGUUCACACACUUCCUUCCUGGUUUCAGUUCGCAGACAGGACGUGUGUACAGUUCUGAUUCUGUGUGGAACAGAUAAAAUGGUGGGAUUUACACAACUCUGCCUUGGCCUGAUGUCUGUGUUUCACCUGGUGUUAACACGAGGCAUCAACAACAACAACAACAACAACAACAACAGGAACGUGUUUCUCCACGAGACCUCAGCAGACUCGUUCCUGUCGCGCUCGCUGCUCUACAACAGCUGGGACCUUGAGCUGGUGACUCCGGGGGAUCUGGAGAGAGAGUGUAGGGAGGAGGUCUGCUCUUACGAAGAGGCCAGAGAGGUGUUCGAGGACGACCAAAAGACGGCGACUUUUUGGAAGACGUACACCAACAGUCACGUGAGCUCCCCCCGUGUGGACGUGGCCGGUCUGGUGGCCGGAAUCUUAGGCACCGUCGUGAUCGUCAUCAUCGUGCUGGUGCUCAGCUGCUACUGCUACAAGAGAAAGAGCAAAACUGUAAGGCGAAGUGGCAGUGUUCCAGUGAGGUUGGCAGCAGAUGGACGUCCAGCGCCAGAGACGGUUCCUCUGGCUAACAUCGCCGCUCCGGGUUUGCCCAGCUACAACGAGGCCUUGAACCGCAGCGGGCAGUACGACGCACCUCCACCUCCAUACUCAGGAGAGGAACCCAGCGCGCCUACAGAACCCCAGCCUGAGGAGUGAGAGGAUGAAAAGUGCAGGACGGGUUCUAGAGCAGCAGGACGGUUCAGGGUACAGGGACACAUGAUGUGUUUGUGUAUUUUUAGUGAGAAGAGCAGCGGUGCAGUCACGACAUCAACACAAAAGAGUUGUUUUUUUUAAAGUUUCAUGUUAUACUUUCACUCUACAGUGGUACAUGUGUCUGAGCUAUAUGAGAUAUAGGCGUUAUUCUUUUUUUAAAAAAUAAAGAUUCAUAAAUCUUUUAUUUCUUAAGAUGUUGUACAUUUCAGUUAUUUCUCAUGAACUAUAAUAAUUGUAGAUGAAGUAAAGUCUUGACAUUGUGAAGGAUUUGGUAAUGAAAUAUGAGGAUGAUUGAGGUGCAUUAGAGAAACACACACACAGACACACACACACACACACACACACACACACACACACACCACUCUGGGAUUGUAAAGUAAAGAAAGAGGACUGAACUAAAGGAAGCGGUGAGGUGUGAAGCCGAGUAUCAUCACUGGUGCGCUGUAGAAGAGUGUGAGUGCUCCAACAUCUCUGUGUUCUCAGCUUCUACUUCAUAACAAGCACUCUGUCUGUGUGUGUGUGUGUGUGUGUGUGUGUGUGUGUGUGUGCACAUCCUUUUUUAUUCAAAAAUUCUGCAGCUUUUAUUUAAAAAUAUUUAAUAAAGGUUUUGGUUACUGAGGUUAAGGUUAGAUUUAGAUUUAGGUGUAGUGUUAAUUGCCUGCAUUAAGAAUUGUGUCAGUGGGAGGUCCUUACAUGGGUAGUAACACAAACGUGUGUGUGUGUAAGAGACAGAGCAGGGAGAGGGGGAGUAUGUGUGUAAAUGAGUGUGUGUGUGUGUGUGUGAAGCAGCCAGCUACUCAGCCAAGCCAGCCAGCACAGUCUGCUCUCAGAAAUGGCGUCGUUAGGAGCCAAAUCCCUGC